AUUAAAAUCAUUAUCUGCAUUAUUGUUAUUAUUAACAUUGUAAUUAUUAUUACCAUUAUUAUGGGUACUUGUGGUGAAACCUUUCCAUUUUUAGAUUGCGUUGGUAAUUUAGAAUAUUUAGGUGUUGAUAAAAUACAACCAUUUGGAUUUAAUCAAGGGCCAUAUUUAUUAAAUUGGGGUAAAAGCAACUCAAGUUUUCCAGAGGUUAUUGUUGACCUAUAUGGUGAAAGCAGUCCAUUGUUAGUAGGUAAUCUCCAUCCAUACGAAAAAUUAGAGAAUGAAAAUUCUCAAUUCUUUGAUGUUGCCGGUAAACAAGAUAUAAAAUCCUUAAUGCAUUAUUCAUGUGGUAAAACUCCCUCAACAGUUUCAUUUUCUUUCAAAGAAGCAUUUGACAAGAAAAAAGAGUUUAUUCUUUUAGUAUUUGGUAUGACUCCAAAUGCUAUUCUCAAUGUUAAGGCAUACGAUUGGUCAGGUCCAUUCUUACCAGGUGGAACUUGGCAAGAGUUGGAUCGUGGUGUCAUCCACCAUGGCCAAAAAGAUAUUGUUAGAAUGCAAUCAAAUUUAAAUAUUGGUCGUCCAAGUGCUAAUCUUAAAUGGACUGGUGGUUCAAUUACAACCUACGAUAUCUUUUAUCCAUCAAUAUCAUCUUCGAAAAUUAGUAAAAUUGAAUUACUCCUUAGUCAUACUUGCAGCUUACCAGAAUGUAAAGGAAUCACUCUUUUUUACUCUUUAAUUGCUAAUGACCUUUGCUUCAAACAACCCAAGUUACCACCAUUAACUGAAAGACCUACCGCAACUCCUGCUACUGUUGAUUCAAGUAGAACCAAACCACCAAAAAAAACUGAGCCACCAACUGAGCCACCAACUGAGCCACCAACCGAACCACCUACUGAACCACCAACUGAGCCACCAACCGAACCACCAACUGAGCCACCAACUGAACCACCAACCGAACCACCCUCAAUUAUAAACUCUCAAGUUCCAAAUCCAUUAAAACAUGACGAUGAAGAUAUAACUAUCACUAUAGUACCAUUUAGACACAGAGCAACUAAACCACCUUACAGAAGCAGAAAACCACCACCACCACCAACUGAAACAAUUCCUUCUGCUUGGAAUUAAUAAUAAUAUUAUAUUUUUAAUUUAAAUAAUAAUUUAUAACCAAAAAAAAAAAAAAUUUUAGCACAGGUCAAUCAUCACCAUC